AUGACGACGGCCGGCAUGCAGUGGACGGAGCUCCGUCGACGGUGGCCUCCCGGCAUGAUCCUGGCGUGGAAAAAUGGGAGGGUUACGCGCGGCAGAUGGAGAAGAGAUAGAUCGACUGAGAGGGAGCCGAGGGUGAGGAGAGGGAAGGCGUCGCACGACAGCAUCCGGCACCGUGGCGUCGACGUCGAGCACGGGCUCGAGCAGCCGGGAUGGAGACGGGCGCUCUCCGUGCUGGAAGUGUCCGUCGAGGGGUGGAGGUGUCUGGUGGCGAGAGGGAGGGCGCAGAACGGAGAGAGCUGGUGGUCGACGACGUCACCGUUCCCUCCCCAUGUGAGCCCCUCUCCCCUCUCUUUAUCUCUGGAGCCAGCUCCUCAUCCUCAUCCACUCCACCUGCUUCCCCCUCCUUUUCCCCUUCUCCACGAAAACGCAGGAGGCAGAGAACCCCACGGCCAUCGUCGGCCUCUCCAUGUCGCCGUCGACUCCGGCCCUUCCCCGCCAAGCCACCACCACCAGGAACUGCGUCUCGUUCUCCUCAUUCGCCUGGUACACCUAAUCGAGCCGGGGGCGCCCUACAUCGCCGCCAAUUUCGUUUUCCCCGUCUCCGUCUGCGAGCACGUCGCCGGCGAUAGCGUCGCCGUCAGCCCUCCCCCUUCGUCUCUGACCCUCUCCACGGCAUCCUGUCCUCUUCGACAGCGGCCCUCCGGUGACCUCCCCCUGGCGGCGCCGCCCUUCCUCGGUCCGCGCCGACGAGAGGCGCAGAACGCGCCCACGCGCGCUUCCGGGGGACUACCGCAUCGACCGCGUCGUCUCCGACCCACCGCGGUGACCACCAGGCCUGCGACGCGAGCGGCAUCCGUGCGUGCAGCCAAGUUUGCCAGCGUGGCCGCGUGGGCCCUCCUCGUCAGCGACCGCGGCUACCUCUUUACCGGCAUUUGCUUCUUCCCGGAUAGGAUCACGAAGUGUUGAUGUGAGAUACGACGAGUUCUUCGACAAGUGCUUCUGCAGCUUUUCAUAGGCGAGCCCUCUCUCUUCACCUAUUUUACUCUGUCCCUCACACUGCUAUCCUUAUGUUGCGAUUCUUUAUCGAGUCAUGUGUCCUAUUCCACUUGUUUACCAUAAUAAUCCUAUAUGUAUCAUUCCUUACCCAUAGCCGUUGCUUGAUGUUUGAGCCUUGCGAGUCGUAGGCGUGUUUAGGCUCUGUUGUUUAUCUCGAUCUGUUAUCGGGAUAUGUUGGGUUGUUGGGAGGUUAUCACAUGCUAUAUCCGUUGUUGGAGAUA